AUGCAUGCGAAUUAUAGAGAAAAUGGACGGUUUCUUCAUCUAAUUCAACAGGUUCGCGACUUCCUACACCUACUUAUUAAAGUCCAUAAAUGCGAUACUGAAAUGAUCAAGACGUUGGCGUUUCGACUCGGAGCACGGCAUAAAGGCUACAUGAAUGAGGGAAAUGAUAACUCAUAUUGGGCACCAUUUGCUCAGCAACUACCGAUCGCAAUCGCUAAAACAUAUAUGGACGUCGUCAAUCACGACAACAGAAUUCGGCGGAUUUUUCGAGUUCGAGUUCAUGCUGACCGAAGUGAAGAAGAUGAAUUGAUAAAUUCAUGGCGUCAACUGAUGAACACAAUUGUUGAAGCGAUGAAACGCGGCUACGAAGGAUGUGCAUCGCAGAAAACUCCAAUGAGACUCAGCAUAACUAAUAGUAUUAUCUCAAUGGCAUCAUUGCGCUCUGGACGAAGUAGAUCAACAUCGCAAUUUUUGGAGCCCAAUUUGUCGCCAGUAAUCGCCUGCCCUGUAACUCCCGUCAAUACAUCGCCAACGUUGAACGGUCGAAGUCGAAGCAUUUUUCGGGCACGACAACGCCGAUCUAGUCAAGAUUACUCCACGAAACGAAGGCUGAGUUCUCCGAACAAUCCCAGUAAUAGACUCAGCAACAAUGAUCUUCUUCGAAUUGACGACAGUAAAAGCUCCCGAGAACAACGGCGAUCUCUGACCAUAAUACCGUUUCCAUAA